AAUUACAGCCAUUGGGUUAAGUGUGCUAGAUAAAUGAAGCAAGGGUUCGAGAAAUAAAGAUUCUUCGCAGUAUUAUGAACAGGCAGGCGGCGCCCAUCACGAGACUCUCCUUGAGAUAUAUUAGUGAGCGCGUGACAAUCACGGAUCACUAGCCGAAGAACUGAUUUAAAGCUUAACCUGGUUAGAAAAUAUAAUUCGUACCGUAUUUACGUGCCUUCAUUUAAAGAACCUGGAAAAGCAACCUUAUUUAUUUACUGAAUAUCGAAAUAUUGUAUGGAAAAUGAAGACACGCUGACACUGCGAAUUUUAAUGUAAACUUUCCAGUUGAAAAUGUCGACGUUGAGUAUACGUUUGGGAUGGAAAACGGAUUGCAGAAGACUGGACUCGGAUCAGGACGUCACGAUCCUCACAAACCUGCUAAUGGCUCCACAUCUGCUUCAACCACACUGCACUAACAGGUUCCUGUGUGGGAUUAGAAACCUACUGGGCAUCUACAGCAAACUGGAUUUUAGUUACCCUACACCUCAGCUCUGUCUACUGAUACAACUGCUUUCUGAGAGGGUGUUGGGGUGCCCUGGAUCACAGCAGUCCUGCACAGUGGAAGAGUGAAAUGUAUGGAACCUGGCUGAGAGACUUGUGGAAUGUGUCAGCGCCUCGGAUGAGGUAAAUUAAAUGCAAAGAGAAAAUACCCAUUCCUGGAGACGGUUGAACACAUCGGUUGCAUUUAUCCGGGUGUUUUAUUCGUAGCAGCUUUUUGCAUAAUUGCUGUAGUGCGGACAAAAAGCGAAGAGAAGAGCAUCAGCCUUGAUUUGCGUCGCAUACUCCUUCGACUUUCCUUGGAUUGCUCUAAACGACUACAACAUGUUGACUGACAACCUGGAACUAUGAAUUAAAUGUUACAUUUUCAUAUUUCUUUGUUGAUUUUCUAAGUAAUCGGGAAAAGAAUGGGAUGUUUGGUGUACGUUUAUUAAAAUGUUAUUAACUCUUUAUAAUAAAGAGCUAAACAAUUACUUUCUCGUUUUCAGAGAAAAACUGUGAUUCAUACAUGAAAAACAGUCAACGCGUGCAGACGGUGGGCAAAAAUGUGAUUUAUUUUAGAAUGAAAGCAUUUCUGGCGCCAGCUCAGUCCUCGUUCACAGAAAAUGGACAGUUAUACCCAGCGACAUCAUUGAAUAUAUUCCCCUAAAGAUAUAUUUUAAAAUGGGAAAUAAGGAUGUAGGAUUCCGCACUGGGCUGUGAGUGGAAAUCUAAUCAGAUUCCUUGGGGCAGGAUCGUUGAGACGGAAGGGGGGAGAAAAGUUGCGUGUGAAAAGCUGAGAAAAAGGACCGAAGAAGCCAACCUACUUUGGCAGGAUGCGAUGAGGCUCCGCUGGUGAAUGCGACGGUGGCUCGGACCCUGACACUUAGAGAUUCGUGAAAAUCUGUCUUUAAAUCCGAAUAUUCAGACUGAGCCCGUUGCAAAGUAUAAGAUAUCUAUCAAUGCGUGAAUACCAUACGCUUGCAGAACAAGACGGAUACAUGUUCGUUUUUAUCCCUGCUGUUUUUAAGUCCAUUUUUCUCCUUCUCCAAAAUUGCCAAACAAACGAAACGAUGGAUAAAAGGGCACCUGUUUUAACAGACGAACCAUAAGGUCUGAGAUCGAUCCCGUGAGCGUUUCUGGAGGAUGUAUUGAGAUCUUAUGUCGAUUUUGUGCUGGGAGACCGGACACGCUGUGUACACUAAGACUCUCCAUCGCCUCGGAUCCUGCGAAAUUACCGGACCGACUGCAGAUGGUUUUUCGGCGUGGCCGUGGAGGGGAGAUCGCCGGAAAAGGCAGCGCGCAUCUCCAUUGCCAUUCGCACGACAAGCGACCGCGCACGUCUGCAAGGGACAGAAGGCCUGCCGGCUGCCGGGGCUGCGUGCGAAGAUGUUCGGGAACCACUGCGAUGGCAAAUGAGCUGGCAGGCCUCACAACCCAAGAUUCCCAAAGAGAGGACCACCAGCUAACGAAUUAUGAAUGUUGAACAAGAUGACGUCCUACCCACAGCAGGAGACGAUGAAAGGUCCUAGGUGGAACAGGGCCCUGUCUGACCAUUUGUUUGUGCUGCUGCUGGCCCUCCAGCUUUUGGUGGUGGCGGGCCUGGCGCGAGCCCAGACUUGCCCGUCCGUGUGCUCCUGCAGCAACCAGUUCAGCAAGGUCAUCUGCACGCGACGGGGCUUGCGUGAUGUGCCCGACGGCAUCUCCACCAACACGCGCUACCUGAACCUGCAGGAGAACCAGAUCCAGGUCAUCAAGGUGGACAGCUUCAAGCACCUCCGCCACCUCGAGAUUCUGCAGCUGAGCAAGAACCACAUCCGCAGCAUCGAGAUCGGUGCCUUCAAUGGGCUGGCCAGCCUCAACACACUGGAGCUCUUUGACAACCGGCUUACCACCAUCCCCAACGGGGCUUUCGAGUACCUCUCCAAGCUGAAGGAGCUCUGGCUGAGGAACAACCCCAUCGAGAGCAUCCCCUCAUACGCCUUCAACCGCGUGCCGUCCCUCCGCCGCCUCGACCUGGGUGAGCUCAAGCGGCUCUCCUAUGUGUCCGAGGGUGCCUUUGAGGGCCUGAGCAACCUGCGCUACCUGAACCUGGGCAUGUGCAACCUGAAGGAGAUCCCUAACCUUAUCCCUCUGGUUAGGUUGGAUGAGCUGGAGAUGUCAGGAAACCAGCUCUCAGUUAUCCGGCCCGGGUCUUUCAAGGGUCUCAUACACCUGCAGAAGUUGUGGAUGAUGCACGCCCAGAUCCAGACCAUAGAGAGGAAUUCUUUCGAUGACUUACAGUCCUUAGUGGAGCUCAACCUGGCCCACAACAACCUGACCCUGCUGCCCCAUGACCUCUUCACCCCCCUGCACCACCUGGAGCGGGUACAUCUGCACCACAACCCCUGGAAUUGCAACUGUGACAUCCUUUGGCUCAGCUGGUGGUUGAAGGAGAUGGUGCCAGCCAACACCAGCUGCUGUGCCCGCUGCAGCUCACCCGCCAGCCACAAAGGACGCUACAUUGGGGAGCUUGACCAGAACUACUUCAACUGUUACGCCCCUGUUAUCGUGGAGCCACCCACGGACCUCAACGUGACCGAAGGCAUGGCCGCUGAGCUCAAGUGCCGAGCCAACUCAUUGACCUCGGUCAGCUGGAUCACGCCCAACGGCUCCAUAAUGACACAUGGGGCGUACAAGGUACGCAUCUCUGUGCUCAACGACGGGACGCUGAACUUCACCAACGUAACGGUGCAGGACACGGGCACCUACACGUGCAUGGUGAGCAACUCGGCAGGAAACACGACGGCCUCGGCGACCCUCAAUGUGUCCUCGACCGAGAACAGCAGCUUCAGCUAUUUCACCACGGUCACCGUGGAGACAAUUGAGCCCCCGCACGAUGAGGGCAGGACCCCCCCGCAGCAGAGCGUGGGACCCACCCCUUCAUCUGGCGGUUGGGAGCCUUCCUCUUCGACCACGACCACCACAGCCCGCACCCCUGCCUCCACUAGGACACCAGAGAAGGCCUACACCAUCCCCGUUACAGAGCCGGUAGAAGGCCCGCUCAAUGGGCUAGACGAGGUGAUGAAGACAACCAAGAUCAUCAUCGGCUGCUUUGUGGCCAUCACCCUGAUGGCUGCCGUCAUGCUCAUCAUAUUCUACAAGAUGCGGAAGCAGCACCACCAGCAGAAUCAGCAUGCGCCCACGCGUGCCAUGGAGAUCAUUACCGUAGGCGAGGAGCUGGCGGGAGGCUCGACCAUGGAGGGCCAACUGACACUGCCCCCCCUGGAACAUGAGCACCUCAACCACUACAACUCUUACAAGACAUACAACCAUGCCUCCACCAUCAACUCCAUGCACAGCUCCGCGCAUGAACCACUGCUAAUCCGGGCUAGCUCGAAAGACAAUGUGCAAGAGACACAAAUUUGACUCUGUUUCAUAAUUACAGAAAUAUUAUAAAAAACAUUAUUAAUAAAAAUGAAGAGUAAAAAAGACAGAGGGACAUGCAGCAAAGCAGCAGGUGGUAACAUUUAUCGAUGCUAUUGGGAAAAUAGGGUAUGUCUGCUGUUUCAAAAAGUGUCUUUACAAAGCAAAGGUUAUUUAUUUAAAGAAAUCUAUUGUGGUUAAAUUCAAGAAAACGCAUCAUGUAUUCUGCAAAAAAAAAUAUUUUCUUUCAGCAUUUAUAUCAUCUUUAUUUGUUUUUCUGUUCUAUUUUUUUCUGUUGUGGAAGAAUGGUUUACUAAGACGAAUGUGCUUGCAAACUCUGUGUAAAUCUCACGGGUUUUGAGAGUCAGCGCACAAACUGAGGCCAGUCGGAGGGUCUUUGUUCGCCCAACACACACCGGACGGAGUGUAGAAAACUCUUCGUUUCUGGUUUCAAUAAAAACAGGGCUUUGACUGGAGCCUCCCCCCCCCCCC